AAACCUUAAUAUAAUAUAAUAUAAGUGUAUUUAUGAAAUUUCAAAUAUAAGAAGGUACUUAUGCAUUAUCUCUUUUCUUAUCAUAAAAGUAAGUGAUCAAACAAAUUAUGUUAAUUUCUUUUGUAACUUUGUGUAUUCUAUUUCCACACCAAAUUGCCCUUGAAACCAUAAAUAAGACAUUCCCAUUUCCGUCCCCUCCCUCGGGAAAUCCCCCUUCAUAAGUCACAUCUUUUCUAUUUGUUGAAUCUUCAAAUCCUCACUGCUCGCCUCUCCCUAAUUUUGUUGCUAUUUUUCCAGAUUUGUUUCACUUGUUUACUCCAACGAGAAUCUCAUUCCUCCAUUCAUCUUAAACAACAAUCUUCAGAUUCUCUCUCUGAUAGAAUACCUAAAAUUAAUUUCUCCGUGAAUUUUACUUUGACAUUUCCGUCUCAGAGAAGAGUAAAAAUGAAUGUGAAUUCAAUUUCGGGGUUGAAAUUUGUUCUGUUCAUAUUCUGGCCAUGGCUGGUUAACUCGAAAGGAGAACAGAAUCGCCUACUGGUCAACAUGACUCUGGUUCAAAACGCUACUGCUUUAGGAGCAUAUUGCUUGGAUGGAAGUUUACCGGCGUAUCACCUGCACCGUGGAUUUGGAGCUGGAGUAGACAACUGGCUUUUGCAAUUUGAGGGUGGUGGGUGGUGCAAUGAUAUCAAAUCAUGCUUGGAUAGAUCCAAAUCAACUCAUGGAUCAACUCGUUAUAUGAACAAAUGGGAAGUAUUCUCUGGUAUCCUCAGCAACAAUGCCUCUUUUAAUCCCGGUAAUUCACAAACCUAUUCUUAACUCGGUCCCAUAAUAAAACUAAUCAGUUAAUAUCUCAUAUGAUUACUAUAUUAGAAAAUAAGAUACUGCUAGUGUGACAAAAUCCAUGUUCCCUCACAUUUGAUGUUGUCUCUUUUCACGUGAUCAAUAUUUUGAAGUAAAGUUAUGAAUAGUAAUUAUCCUAUACUCUAUUUGAGUUUGAUUAGUGAAGAGUACUGUUUUUAUAGAAAAAAUUACGGGAAUAAAUGUCAAUUAUGUACAUGCUAAAACAUGAAAAAGUAUAGGCUAGUGGGUGCACCGACAGCCAGUUGGAAUUUGGAGGAUAGUAACAACUAACAACAAAGCCUAUGGGCUAGUUUUUCUAAUUAAUACUAUGAUUUAUGUAUUUUUUUAAUAUUGAUAUUAUUGAUGUUCAAAUUAACUUGAUUAUAUUCGAUAUUUGUGUAUUUAUAUCAAUAAAGUUGAAUCUUACUUUUUAUUAUACUUGAGACUCAAACAAAAUUAUAUUCGUUUUUAUAUAUCUUUUAGAUAUUUUUAAAGAAUAAAUCUAAGUGGAAAUUGUGAUUUCUGAUGCAACAUGAUUUGUACAGUUUUGGGCCUUUGCCUUGCAUUUCCAUCGAAAGCCUAGUACAAUUGGUCCCCCAGUGGCCAUUUAAGAGUCGUACUAUUUUUUCUGCUUUUCUUCUUCGGUGCUUAUGAUCGAUUUUGAGCUAACUAGACUGUUUCCAACCUUAAACGAUAAAAAUUGACUAUGGAACCUCUCAAUCUGCGCUUGUACCUAUACCAAAUUCG